GGGAGUCACUGCACAAGAUGUUCACGGUGUGUGGGAUCCACAGUCCAGCAUCAGGGGGGCGUUACGGGAAGCUUUAUGGGACAUUACAUAAGAGACGGAGGACACCUUAACUCAGUCUUCCUAUUGUGGAUGUGGACAGGAGUCAUUUCUCUCUAUUUGUCUUUUUGUUGAAGGAGAAGAGUCAUUAAGCAACCAUGGCAGGUAAGUCUUGGUCCACCUUUUUUAAAUAACAGGAUUAAUUUCUUGUUAACUUUAGAGGAUUAUUCAUCGUUUGUGUUGUUCUCUACACUUCCCCCUUUUAUUUUAUUGUUAUUAACAGUCAUUUCUUAAAAAUAACCCUGUAAACCUUCUAUAUUUUACCAACUGUAUAUGUUGAUUUGCUUUCUUUUGCCAGUAUUUAUCUGUUUCAGUUCACAUUUGAAGAAUAAGUUAAUUUACGUAAUAAUUGUGUGACCUUUGUCCUCUAAUUCUGCAGGCAAAGAGGAAGAUAAAAAACAGAAGAAGUCCAAAAGUGUGAGUCCAACUGUACUUUGUGUUCACAGCUAUUAUUUUCCUGCACAGAUACCUGACAAAACUGAAAUAUUGUGAUUAUUACUCUUAAAAUCACAGACUUGGGUUGUUAUAAACUUGUGUAUGAGAUGGUUUAAGUGAAUGUAUAGGAAGAAAUUAAACUCAUUACUUCACUUUUUCACUUCUUCUCAACAGGCGGCUGUGUGCGGUUACCCGAUCAGCAUUUUCUUCAUUGUGGUGAAUGAGUUCUGUGAGCGAUUCUCCUACUAUGGCAUGCGAGGUAAAGCGUUUACUUCUACAUCUAACACUGUUUAUUUAGUGUAAAGUCAUUCUGUACUGCAUUGUGGGUAUUCAGUUCAUUUAUUGUUACUGCAGUUAAGAUUUGACACUCUAAAUAUCACAUUUCUGGAUGCAGCGGUCAGAUAAAACUACCAGAGGUUUAAUGUUCAUUCAGGACUUUUUUCUUGUUGUUAGAAUAUUUGUAAAGUGUUGAAUCUCUUCUGUUGCUGAUCUGAAUAUCGUAAUUCUUCUGUUUUCCUCAGCCGUGCUCGUGCUGUACUUCAAGUACUUCCUCAAGUGGGACGAUGACUUUGCCACCACCAUCUACCACACUUUUGUGGCUCUCUGCUACCUGACGCCCAUCCUGGGUGCUAUUGUCGCUGAUUCAUGGCUCGGCAAGUUCAAGUAAGUCUCAUCAUGUGUUACUUCAUGUACUCUACUGUAGUUUCAUUAAAGGGUUAAAGUAUAUCUCCAAAGUUCAUCCUUGGAUUUUAGACCUUUCUUCAUCUUAUCUCCACCUGAACCUGGUGUACUCCCGUUGUAACCCCUCCUCCUUCUUCCUCUGCGCAGGACUAUUGUCUACCUGUCCAUCGUUUACACGCUGGGACAGGCAGUCAUGGCAGUAAGUGCUGUCAGUGAGAUCACAGAUACUAACGGGGAUGGCGCAGCUGAUAACAUGACCGUCCACAUGUGAGUUAAGCACGCUUGGAUAGUGUCAAAAAUAUCACAAAGACAGAACAGAUUCAGGCGUGUGAUAGCUCUGUGUUUGUUUGUUCUUUCACCUCAGAGCUCUGUCCAUGGUGGGUUUGAUCCUCAUCGCACUGGGAACAGGAGGCAUCAAACCCUGCGUGGCUGCCUUUGGUGGAGAUCAAUUUGAGGACCAUCAGGUUAGAAGUCGCUUAAGCACAUGAACACACACACACACACACACACACACACACCUUUUGGACUUAUCUACUGAAGGAAAUCUACACAGUCAGAUAAAAUCACACUGUAUUGCAUUACUCUGACUUUUAAGCUUCAUGAUGAUGAUUUACAGUCCAAUAACCCUAAAAAAAUUAGUCAUGAGUACAAGAAAAGCUGUUAAAGAGAUGAUUUCAUUUUACAAGGUUGUUCUUAUUAUAACAUCAGCAUUAACGAUAAAAGUUUAUUCACAACUAUGACAUCUUAUAGUUAUGAAACAGGAGUUUUAAAUCUCAAAUAGUGUAAUAAUAAUCAAACUUAUGAUCUCAGCUGCAGACAUGCAUUAUCAGUGAUGAUAUAUAAGGCUGUUCAAAUGAUGCAGGAUGAGGUUUUUGUCAGAAGUAGGACUUGGACCUGCACACAAAGCUUGCAUUCACACUUUUAAGAAGAAAUAUACAUGCAAAUAUACAACAUACAUGUACUUACUUACAGAUAUUGACCUUUUCUGAAUGCACACACAUGCACUCAUGCAGAACACAAGUUCAUCAGUCUUAUUUUUUCCAGACACAUGCAGCAAUGAACGAGAGUUAUCAGUAGAUUCUUGUCAGCACUUGUUGUAUCUCUGUUUCCCUGCUACUCGCUGUUUAUUUACUGAUAACCUCAUGUGCAUCUGUUUUAAUUACACUUUAUUUCACAAAGAUAUUAAUGCUUCCUUAUAGGGUGUUGCAUCCCAUUCAAAACAGUAACGCUACAAAGUGUUUGAAUUGAUCCGUCUUUGUCCAACAGGAGAAGCAGAGAAGCACCUUCUUCUCCAUCUUCUACCUGUCCAUCAACGCUGGCAGUCUGCUGUCCACCCUGAUCACCCCUAUCCUCAGAGGUAGAUUAAAGCUCAUAACAACAGGGCAUCAAAUAAGUCAGUAAGUUACAUGUUAUUUAUAAUAUGCUUGUGUGGUUUGCAGCUCAGAAGUGUGGCAAAUCCUCAGACAGUUGCUACCCACUGGCGUUUGGCGUCCCUGCUGCUCUUAUGUUGGUCGCUCUGGGUAAGAAGGAUCGACUUCUGGAGAUGAAGAAGAUCUUUUUGGUUGCUCCUAAUUUCUCAUCUCCUAAUUUUAAGAUAUGAUUCAUCUGGUUUGUUUGUGUUUCUGCAGUUGUGUUCAUUGUUGGAAGCAAGAUGUACAUUAAGGUCCCCCCUCAAGGAAACAUCAUGGUGAAGGUCUGCAAAUGCAUCGGGGUAAGUGGCUUAAAUACAUAUUUUUUGUGUGUUUUUUUUAAUUUAUUCCUCAGCUUUGAGUUGAAUAUAAGCAGUAAACACAAAGACAUUUUGUCACGGAUUGACACGGAAACGCCCUCUUUAUUUCCUGUCUGUAGUUUGCCAUCAAGAACCGCUACAGGCAUCGUUCUUCCAGGUUCCCCAAGAGAGAGCACUGGAUGGAUUGGGCUGAGGAGGGAUAUGACGUAAGUGCCUAAAAAAUGCACAAAAAUCCCAAAAUAUAAAUUGCUGUGAAUGAAAGUGUAACCUUUUGGUAUUUUGCCUCCAGAAACUGCUGAUUGCUCAGGUGAAGAUGGUGCUGAAGGUGCUUUUCCUCUACAUCCCUCUGCCUAUGUUCUGGGCUCUCUUUGACCAGCAGGUAAAUACUCGAUUUCUCAUGUGCAUGACCCAGACUUAGCCGUGAUUAAUAAAGACUGAAAAUAAAGAGCUGUGUCUCCAUCAUCACAGGGCUCAAGAUGGACCCUCCAGGCGACCACCAUGACCGGUGACUUUGUGAGUGUUUAGCUUCGCAGUCUUGCUCUGCAGCCUCUUAUGAUCACACACAACAAAAACGAUUGUUUUUUAAAUGGGAUUCUGUCUGCCUCUCCUCCUCUUUUUCAACAGGGACUUCUUACCAUCCAGCCUGAUCAGAUGCAGGUAAGAUGACUCUCUACACUUUGUUGUGUUGUUCUUUGGAUAAACAAAGAAAAAAACUCAAAAGAGCGACUCAACUUCUUCCCCCCCAGACUGUGAACCCAAUUCUGAUCCUGCUUUUGGUGCCGAUCAUGGACAGUGCCAUCUACCCGCUUAUUGCCAAGUGCAAACUGAACUUCACGUGAGUUAAUCGACAUUUUUCAUUGUAAUGAAAAGAAAAUACAAUGCCUAAUUUAAUGAUAUACUUACAUGCUGAUGUGUGUUUAUUCUGAAGUCCUUUGAAGAGGAUGACAGUUGGGAUGUUACUGGCUGCUCUCGCAUUCGUCGCCGCGGGGCUGGUCCAGAUAGAGAUUGAUGUAGGUGCAGCAAACAUUUAAAAACAUUCAGGGAUAAUAUGAGACGCACAGUUCACACGCUCACCCUUUCAUUCCUCCUCCAGAAAACCCUGCCAGAUUUCCCCUCAAGCUCUCAAAGCCAGGCAAAAUUCAUCAACAUGCUGGACAAACCGCUGCAGGCCACAGCUGGAGAAAACGACCUCACCAUACAGCCUUUUAAGGUAUUUGAGCACAGAUAUAGCACAGCGCACCAACACCUACUGUUUGAAAAGUUUAGAAACUCUUGAAAUUAAAGGACUAUUGAUGAUUGACUUGUACUUUUCACAGGCCUCUGAGGGUUAUCUAACAUUUGAAAACGACUUGGACCUCAUCACUCCAGAAGCAAACUUCUCAUUCGCUUUGAAUUCUAGCUCACGUUAUACCGUCGUCAUCUUUCCGGACGGAGUCAGUAAGGACGCUCUGCAGGUGAGCAAGUGCGGCAGCAGAUCUUAACAUAUAAUAACUCAACAGAGAUUUUCUGCUAUUUUAUCAAUGUGAAUCUUCUGUGUAAGCUUUUUCAUUUGAACAUUUUUGUUUCAUAUUUUGACCACAGAAAGUUUAAGUACACAUGAAUUAUAUUAAAGCUCUGGUAAGGGUUUUUUGACUGAUUAUGAAACAGACUGAAAUUUAUUCUGAUGCCUUUUAACGGCACGACUGAUUGCUAUUUACACAUGUAGAGGAUAAAAUCAGCAAAGGGAUUGGUUUAAGUAAAGCUAUGUCCACAAGGGGGCGCCAAAGUUGACACACACUAAACAUUUCUUACAGGAGCUUAAAGUCCACAAAUGGAGGCCCAAUCCCAAACCGUCCGUACACACUCACCCUUCACCAACGAGUGUCACUCGUCAUAAAGUUACACUUGCACCUGUGGAGUGCGCCUCAAUUGAGAUGGGAGGGUAUAAACAAGUGGGGCAGGUACGGGACGCCCUCCUCACUCCACCGGACGGAGGGAGAGUGUAUAGGGCGAGUGUGUAGGGGACGGUUUGGGAUUGGGCCUAAGUUUCUCUUUUAGAGAAAUGGACAAGUAAAUGACCUUUAACCUUUAAACAUAUCAAAAUGUACUGAAGUUUAUUUCUUCCACCAGUUCCCAGACAUCAACAAAAAGCCAGAGCAGGGUAAUAAUGAAAUCAGGUAAGAUUCAAGUGGUUUUAUUAUUUUUUAGUUCGAGGUUUGAGAUUAUUUGUGGAGAUGACACUGUUUAUUUUUCUUAUUUCAUUUUAAUAAUCGUCUAACUCUCUUUAAUAGCUCAAGUUAAAGUGAGUUAAAGUGCUAUGAGUUAAAGUGACAUGUCCACUCUCGGUUUCUGAACAAACUUUAUUUUUUUAAAGAAUUUUUUAAUGUUAGAGACGUCAGUGUAUCGUAUCAAACAAGACUGUGAGGUGCUGAAUGUGUUCAGACAUGUUUUAAAUCUCAGGUAGUGACGCGAAGACUUUUUCGUUUUCCCCAGAUUUUUGAGCGGAUACAGCUCACUUUUGAGCAUAACUGUUGGGAGUCUCUCAUUUGGGAACGUCACCUCCAACAACAUGUCGGAAUAUAGAUCAGUGCCUCAGGGAGAGUAAGUCUGAACUUUUAUCACAUAUUUCACAUUCAUACUUUCAAUAUUAGAGAUUUUCAGGCCAUCUAAUCUGUGUUUUCCUGCUGUAACAGAGCAAAGUUUGUCAUCAAGGAUGAUAGUGGAAACGAGUGUACCUACGAUCUAACACUGGGCUUCGGCAGCUCGUACACCUUGAUCAUCCCGUCUACUUUCACAUUUGGACCAACUGUAAGUCAUGACCACAUUUUAAAACCGAGUCUUUUGAUCGAGGCUGCACAUCUGAAUGUCUGUGUUUGUCAUGCAGUGCAAAGACAGCAUCAAUGCAGAGUUAGAUAUCAGCCCCAACUCCAUGCAUAUGGCCUGGCAGAUCCCUCAGUACUUCCUCAUGACUGCAGGGGAGGUGGUCUUCUCCGUCACAGGCCUGGAGUUCUCCUACUCACAGGUAAGGAUGCAAUCUUGAAUACAAGCGCUGUGGAAACAACAGAAAAUACAAUUAAAGUUCUGAAUGUAAUGUAUCUGAAUGCAAGUCUUGUUUCUUCUUCUCUACAGGCGCCCAGCAACAUGAAGUCAGUGCUGCAGGCUGGUUGGCUCUUAACUGUUGCCGUAGGUAACAUCAUUGUGCUCAUUAUCGCUGAGGCUGCAAAGCUCCCAGAACAGGUGGGUGGAUUUGAUUUGUCCUUCUGUAGGCGUGUAUUGGCCCCCCCUCGCCCUGACAAGGCCGUUUAUGUGAUAGGAAUACACAGAAAUUUUGCAGAACAGAGUAACAAGGGUUGUGAAAGAAAAGGUGAACGCUUGGCGUCUACACGGGUUUUGUUACGAGUCUCAUCAGACAGCUUGAAGUUUGAAAUCUCUGCAGCAUCAGGGAGAGUUUUCCUCAUAAGCCUCUUCAUUGAGGGAAUUCAAACACAAUAUUUAGUGGUGAUGAAGAAACAAAAGGGAAGGAAAUUUAUCAGUCACAGAAACCUCGUGAUUGACGCUCAAACUUGCAUAAAACCCCUUCGUAACGGGGACAGGUGGCAACAAGAACUGAAUUGAAGAAAAAGGAAAGCCGUUACACAGAGGAAGGAAGCAGCUGAGAAAGACUGAAGGUAAAUACGUUGGUUUUUAAGUAGACUAGCUAAGGAGAUAGGUAAAUAACGAGGUAGAUGAGUAGGAAGGUAGAUAGGCAGCUGGGUAAGGUGGUAGGUAGGAAGCUAGGAAGAGAUAGGUAGUUUUGACAGCAGCUAGGUAGGUAGGGAAGGGAGUUAGAAAGGAAGUUUGUAGGUAGAUUGCUAAGUAGGUGGCUGGGUAGAGAGAUAGGUAGGUAGGAAGGUAGUAUGGUAGGUAGGUAGGAAGUCAUGCAGAUUAAUGGACUUGUCUUCCAGUUGAGCGUCAAAUCAGCUAAUUUUGCUGAUUUUUUUUGUUUACAGUGGGCUGAGUACAUCCUCUUCGCCUCUCUGCUGGUGCUGGUGUGCAUCAUCUUCGCCAUCAUGGCCGUCUUCUACACCUACACUGACCCGGCCAAGAUUGAAGCCCAGUUCACAGAUAUGGAGCCAGAAGACAAGGAGAAGAGGAAGAGUGUGGAGAUGGCCAAGAAGGACCGGCGGAAUUCUGACUCCAGUGAUGAUGAUGAGGAGAAACGCACUCAGACCAGGAUGUAAAGCCGACCGACCCUCUAACCCUCUUCUCUAAGUGAAUGCUGCUCGGUUCGGUGUCUGGCAUAUGGACUUUUGGUCAUUCUGUGAAGGUCGUCUGGUGCACUGCUGGACAGAGGUGGUAAGUAUAAAUCAACGCCCUGAAAAAAACGGUGCUGAAGUUGGAAGAACUCAGAAAAAGGGCUUUGCUGGUUAAGCUCCAGGCUGGACAGUGUUAGUGAAGGAUCUCUGCAGGGAGGAUUGAAAACACUGGAUGAUAUGCAUAAUUUAACUCCCUGGGUCCUUUUUUUGUGAGUAAUUUGUGCUUUUGCUGCCGUAAAUUUGUUUUUACAAUGAAUUAUUUUGCACUGUGUAGCAAAAUCUCCAGAUUUUGGUUUCAUAAGCUGACAAACUGGAGCACACGAAAGACAGAAGACCAUUUCAGCAUUUAUAUUGACGUCCAAUCACUGUGUUGUACUUACUGUAACAUACUGUCACUUUUUUAUAUUGAUAUGACAUUGUUUUCUGCAUCAGGAUAAAAUCUAUGUAAUUUAUAGAACUGUCUGUAAAGUAAUAAAAUGUUCAAUCAUUCAUGGCGACUCACCGAAGCCUUGAAUGAAGCUACAAGCAAA